UUCAAUAUGGACAAGUCGAUCGACGUACCGCCGACAAGAUGUUCUAGGAACAAGAGAGGCAGGCCUAGGAGGGGCAAGCAGACAACAGAAAAGGAACGGCAGGACAGACGGAGGAACAGGGACAUUUUAUUGGAGGAAAAACAUGAAGGAAACAUGUCCCAGUGGAAUGAGAAAACCCCAACUGAUGCAGAACAGAUAGCAGGUGGUUCUGCAAAGCAAGAUAAGCAAACACCCUUUGUAUGUGAACAAUGUGGAUACAAGGCAACUUACAGAUCUGGCUUUCUGCAACAUAUGAGAAGGCAUACAGGUGAAAAGCCUUACAGGUGUGAUCAGUGUGACUUUUCUACAGCAUGGAAAAGCCACCUGAAACGACAUAUGGUCACACACACUGGUGAAAAACGCUUCAUGUGUGGAAUUUGUGGGCACAGAACACCUGAUAAGGCAAAUAUUGUUCGACAUAUAAGGACACACACUGGUGAAAAACCUUUCAAGUGUGACCUGUGCGAUUAUUCUAGCGCAGAUAAAGGUAAUUUAGACCGACACAUGCUUAAACAUACUGGUGAGAAGCCCUACAUGUGUGGGGAGUGUGGGUUCAGGACAGCCUACAAGUCUGAGUUAACAAUACACAUGAGGAAACAUACAGGCGAGAAGCCUUACAAGUGUGACAAAUGUGACUAUGCUGCUGCCUCAAAACGUGAUUUAGACAUACACACCUUCAGACACACUGGUCAGAAACCCUUCAAAUGUGAUCAAUGCGACCAUUCUGCACUACGUAGAAGUGAUUUGGACAGACACAUGCUUGUACACACCGGUGAGAAACCCUUCAUGUGUGGGGAGUGUGAGUUCAGGACAGCCAGCAAGUCUAACCUAGCUGUGCAUAUGAAACAGCACACAGGUGAGAAACCCUUCAUCUGUGGGAUGUGUGGGUACAGAGCAGCACAAAGCACCAAGUUAUCCCGACAUAUGAAAAAACGUACAGGUGAGAAACCCCACAAAUGCGACCAGUGCGGCUAUUCUACCACACGGAAAUACAUUUUAGACCGACACAGGAUCAAACACACUCCUGAGCAUGCCUUCAUAUGUGGAGAAUGUGGAUUCAGGGCAACCCAUAAGGACCAACUACUUCUGCAUAUGAGAAUGCAUAUUGUAGAAAAAACUUGCAAAUUGGACCAGAAUGAUUUAUCUUCUACACAGAAAUGCAUUCUAAACCAACAGAAAGUGGCAGACACUGUUGAGCAAACUCAUAUCUGUGGGCAGUGUGGAUUCAAGGCAACUCACAAAGACAUCUUACUGCUGCAUAUGAGAAUGCACGUCGAGCAAAAAACUUACAGAUGUGAGAAGUGUGACUUUUCCACUGCACAGAAAUGCAUUUCAGACCAACACAAGGCUAAACACGCUGGUGAACAAACCCACAUAUGUGGGGAGUGUGGAUUCAAGACGACUCAACAGGACCGUUUGUUUCUGCAUAUGAAGAUGCACAUUGAUGAAAAGACUUUGAGUGUGACCCAUGCAAAGUUGAAAAUAUAAACUAGUUUAGGCAAAGAUUAGUGUAGGCAAAGAUUAGGGAUGGGUACAAGUUUGGCUAGACCAGGCCUGAUUUGGAAUAAGAGAACCAAGUAGCCUCCUUUGCAGACAUGUGGAGUGGUG